UGUCGAAUGUCACAAAAGGUCGAAACACCCGGGGAAUCAAACAAGUUCCAGUCUCACUCGCGCCUGUUAUUUGUUUGCCCUUCUGCCUUUUGGUGUUUUCCAAGCCCUUGGGUUUCCUGUCCUGUCCUGUCUUCACCGUAAUAGUAGAACGUUUUGACUUGUCUAAACCAGCCUUUCCUGUACUGUCAGACCAAUCAAUCCUUUAUUGCGAUACAUCCUGGGGCAUGACGACAUCUGUGCCUUCAUAUCAUUCUCGCUCCUUCCAAGUCCACAACACCAAAGAAUCACGACCCUCAUGAACUCCGAGAAAGAUGCGCACCAUGGCGCAACUACCGACAGCCCUGCCAGCAUGGAAUCCCCCAACUUGGUUGACGCUAUAGCCACGGAACAGCUCCCGAAAUCAGAGACUCCUACCGUCCCGGCGCGCCCUGCGGCUUCCGCUGCUCAAGAGGAAGAUCUGCCAACCAAGGCAUUCCAAUUCCUGUCGACCGCGACCCCAGGGACUCUGGGGGCUAUCGCCGUGGGACUCGCAGCCGCCACCUACUUCGUGUUAGGCCAGGUUGGCCUGAUUCUCAUCGGCGCAUUUGGUGGCGUAACUCUCUUUGUGUCCUACGAGGCCAAACACCCCGAGGUCUCGCGUGCCGUGCGCGGAGAAAGAGGCUAUGACUUCCUGGACCGACUGCUUGACGCGAAACCACAAGCAUCUGCUAUCAAGGCAGAGCAGGACGAGGAAGCUGACGAGCAGGCCCUAUCCCGAAGCUUCGACGACUUCCAGCCCGAGACACGCCAGGCCCUCAACAGCCUCGUCGAUGCUGUCAUCCGAGACUACGUCGACUGGUGGUAUGGACCUAUUGUGCCAUCUGACAGGGCCUUCCCGCUAUCCUGUCGCAAAGUCCUGACAUCCUUCCUCCUGUCUGUCUCGAACCGACUGAGCCGCAAACGCCCCGCCGAUGCCUUCGUCGACUUCCUCACAAACACCUGUUCCAUCAUAAUAGUCUUCUUCUCGGAAAUGACGGCUGCCUAUGCUUCAGUGUCUGCGGAUGGCGCUACCAAUGCUGCAGACGCCAUAUAUAGCUACCUGUCCACCAACACCGAUUCCGCUCUCUCCAAUCUGCUCGACCAGAGGCAGCAAGCAGGAAAAUUCAAGUUGAUCGCUGAGGAUUUGCUGAGUUUCUUAGACCGGUCGGCAUAUGACUGUGAUCCUGCCCGUAUUUUCCUGAGACAGAUUCUCGCCACAACAAUUCUUGAGGGGACUCUGCAGUCGUGUUCCAAGGCAGAGUGGAUCAAUGGCUGGAUUGUGUACUUGUUGGAGUCGGGCGAAACCGAUCUGUCUCAGGCCAUCGAUGAGGCUAUUCAAGACCAGAAGGCUUUCGCCGACGUUGACGGGAAUUUCGGGAACAUCAGCUUGGUCAAAGGCAACCGCAACAGCUACGAAAUGGAUGGCGCUAGGAAGAAGGAGGCAACCCACAAAAAGCAGUUGUCCAGGGCGGAUGAAGAGAUGGAACGUGCCAUGGAAGAGAUGAAAAAGAUGAACACCAUGAUCGCCGAGGCUGAUAAGGCUAAGAACUCGUCUGCCAGCGAGGAAUUGCAGCCCUCACUAUUCCCAGAUAGCGCAUUGCACGAAUUCCCAAGCCACCAGGUCUUAGAUAGCGACUUGUCGCCCAGAGCUGCCGAUGCGCUGUCUCUUGAGGCCAAGGAUAAAGUCAGCGACCUGCCCACCGAGAAGAACGCAAGCAAGGAAGAGUUUGUCAGGUCACCCGUCACCCCCAAGUCGAUCGCAGAUAUUUCGAGCCAAUCGCCCUCACCAAACUCGGGACAUGACGCUGGAACCACUUCUCGCUUUACCAACUUCGAUCAGAUUGUGCCACCUGCCCGGGAAGAAUCAGAAGAGGAGCCACGUCAGGUGCCACCGCUGACUUUGCACAACGCCAUCGUCACUAUUCUCGAUGACCCGGGUACUGAGAAGGGGCGGUUGCGCACAAGACCCAAUUGGGAGUAUCUGGUCCAGGUAGAGCCAGCAUCGUCUCAUCAUCCUGGGUGGAUGAUAAUGAAGAGUUACGCACAAUUUGAGGCACUUCACGAGAGUCUGCGACGCAUCGCAGCUAUCUCUGGCGCUGCCGCUUUCCUCGAGGUCCACACUACGUUCGCAGUCUGGAAGUUGCAUACUCGAGAGUCUUUGCGGGGGGAGAUUGAACGAUACAUGCGCGCUGCGUGCUCAGAGAAGCCUUUGGCAGAAUCAGAAGCUAUGAAGCGCUUCCUGGAAAAGGGGCAGGAAAGUAGGAUGACCGCCCAAAGAGGCUUCUCCUUUGAUUCGUUGAGCAAGGGAAUGCUUGAUGCUGUUCAGAACACCCCGAAAGGGCUAUUCGACACCAGCAAAGUAGUAGUUGGAGGUGUCACAGGAGUUUUCGGCAAUAUUGGUCUUGGCCAGCGUAAAUCGACGGUCUCUUCCGUUCAGGAGGCCGUAGCUCCCAAGACAAAUGGUUCCGCUGCAAAUCGUCCACUGUCACUUUCUGCACUCCCACGCAUGGAGGCGGCCUCUGACGUGAAACCCAGGGAUAGUAUGGAAAGUACUCGAUCGUCGAUCAUCUCCACACAACCUGGCAAGAUGCCCCUAAUGGACCGAAGGCCUAGUUAUCAGCUCGACUUCGAGCAGGAGGCAUUGCAGCCAAGUCGCGCCGAUCGAUGGGAGCGCAACAAGUCGAUCAGCGCAACAAGUAGCCGAGGCAACAGUCGUGCGUCCAGUAUGGCUGCGUUGCGCUCGCCCCUAAGGUCUCCAUCAGACAUAAAUCUUGCAACCAUGAAGCUUCCGCCACCCCCUACCGAGAUACCGGAUGACUACGACUCUCCAGUGAAUACACGUCCUAGCAGCGACGCAUAUUCCAGGACAGACAAUGGUCUUCUGUCGCCACAGACAUCCUUCUCUUCGCCCUCAAGAUCCCUAACAUCUCAACAUCAGGAGAGAUCGUCCAUUAGCGAGCCUCCGGCGCAACGCCGGAGGAAACAGUUUCCACCAUUGUCCGAGCAGGAGACCCGUGUUGCUGUGGAGCUACUCUUCGCGGUCAUCAAUGAGCUCUAUACUCUAUCGUCGGCGUGGAACAUCCGACGUACCCUGCUCACAGCGGCAAAAUCUUUCCUCGUUCGUCCUGGAAACCCAUCACUCACAUCUUUAAAAACGGUGAUCCAAGACAAUGUCUUGGAAGCCAACACGUCCGAUGCGGGUAUUGCGUCACAUCUGCGUAAAUUACGCGAGAACUCUCUUCCUACAGAAGAGGAGCAGAAAGCCUGGCCGGCCGAGCUUACUGCUGACGAAAAAGAAGAACUGAGGAUCAAAGCGCGCAAGCUUUUCAUCCAAUCUAGUGUUCCCGCGGCGCUCAUGGGUAUCAUGGGAGCAUCAGCAACCAGCGAGGCGCUGGGAAGACUUUUUGACUGCUUACAGAUCGAGGAAGUUGCACGUGGUUUGUUCUUUGGCAUCAUGUUACAGGCCGUCCGUGUCAUUACGCACUAGAUGAUUUCGAGACGACAUGCACGAUGGAGUUUUGUGGGAAUAAUUAUUUUUCCCUUUUCGAUUAGAUGAUCGAUCCAUCGCCACGAUAACAGGGCUUGUAUUAUUACUAUAAUCGGGGACGAAUGUACGACUAUAUGGCGCUUUCGCCUCUAGAACCACGCCGGGACACGCAGGAGUUUGCGGACUACAGGGAUGUGGGAUGACGAGAACAUAGAUAAUAAACAGAGGUCGCAUAUUUGACA